GUUCCCGUUCCCCUACACUCCGUACCGCAUCCAGGAGCAGUUCAUGGAGGCGCUGUACGCCGCGCUGGAGGCCGGCCGGGUCGGCAUCUUCGAGAGCCCCACGGGCACGGGAAAAUCGCUGAGCCUCAUCUGCGGGGCCCUGGCCUGGCUGCGGGACUGGGAGGAGAAGCGGCGGCAGGAGGAGGAGCAGCUGCUGGCCCUCGGGCAGGACGGGCUGAGCCCGCAGCAGGCGCGGCCGGGCAGCGCGGACACGGCCGGGCAGCCGGACUGGGUCACGGCCUUCGUGCAGAGGAAGGAGGAGCGGGACAAGGUGGACAGACUGAAGGAAGAGCAGAUCAGAAGGAAAAAGCGAGAAGAGCGUCUUGAUAAAAUUCGGCAAAAUGUUCAGUUAAAAUAUGCAGCAAAGAGGAAGAGAUGUGAGGAGGAUGAGGCAAAGCGCCUUCUUCAGCUCAGCAAGGAGGCUCUUUCUCAGGGAGCUGGAGAGGAUGCUCUAGACCAGCUGGAUCACAAUGAAGAGGAGCUGAUUCUUGCUGAAUAUGAGAGUGAUGAUGAAAAGAAAGUGGUAUCUGGGCUGGAAGAAGAUGAUGAUGAUGAUUUGGAAGAGGAGCAUGUGACUAAGAUCUACUACUGCAGCCGCACCCACUCCCAGCUGUCCCAGUUUGUGCGGGAGGUGCAGAAAAGUCCUUUUGGCAAAGACACACGUCUGGUCUCCUUGGGAUCCAGGCAGAAUCUGUGUGUGAAUGAGGAGGUGCGGCGCCUGGGCGCGCUCCAGCUCAUCAAUGACCGCUGCAUGGAGAUGCAGAAGAACAAACAUGAAAAGAAGAGCAAUGAGGAGAAUGAGGGGAAGAAGAGACGUGUGAGUCGCACCGUGUGCCCGUUUUAUUCCUUUGAGCAAAUGCAGUUCCUCCGUGAUGAAGUUCUGGUGGAAGUGAAGGAUAUUGAGCAGCUCGUGUCCUUGGGAAGGGAGGCCAAAGCCUGCCCAUAUUAUGGGAGUCGAUUUGCUAUCCCUGCUGCUCAGCUGGUGGUGCUGCCCUAUCAGAUGCUUCUGCAUGAGCCUACCAGGAACGCUGCUGGCAUCAAGCUGAAGGACCAGGUUGUGAUCAUUGACGAGGCUCACAACCUCAUAGACACCAUCACCUGCAUCCACAGUGCCGAGGUCAGCGGCUCUCAGCUGUGCUGUGCCCACUCCCAGCUGUCGCAGUACAUGGAGCGGUACAGGAAACGUUUGAAGGCAAAGAACUUGAUGUACAUUAAGCAGAUCCUGUAUUUACUGGAGCAGUUUGUGGCUAUGCUGGGAGGUAAUGUGAACCAGAAUCCUGGAAGUCAGGCAGUUCCCCAAACAGGGACAGUACUAAAAUCCAUCAAUGACUUUCUGUUUCAAAGCCAGAUUGACAAUAUCAACCUCUUUAAGGUUCAGCGCUACUGUGAGAAGAGCCUCAUCAGCAGGAAGCUUUUUGGGUUUGUGGAGCGAUAUGGGGGCCCUGCCUCAGCUGUGAAGACCAACAAGGAGAACCAGAAGGUGGCUGGUUUGCAGGACUUUCUUCUGACCCUUCAGCAGGGAUCUAUUAAGGAGGCAGGUACCCAGAGCCCUCCUGUGGAGGCUGAGCACGACCAGCUCAGAGCUGCCUCUCCACUGAUGCAGAUUGAAGGAUUCCUCUCAGCCCUCACAAAUGCAAACCAAGAUGGCAGAGUCAUUCUCAACAAGCAAGGCACAGUUGCUCAGAGCAGCCUCAAAUUCCUCUUGCUGAAUCCAGCUGUCCACUUUGCCAGGGUUGUGGAAGAAUGCCGUGCUGUCAUCAUUGCUGGGGGCACCAUGCAGCCGGUGGCUGAUUUCCGAGAGCAGCUGCUGUGCUGUGCUGGCGUGGACCCUGCCCGGAUCGUGGAGUUCUCCUGUGGACAUGUGAUUCCUCCAGAAAAUAUUUUACCCAUCAUUCUCUGCAGUGGUCCUUCCAACCAGCAGCUGGAGUUCACUUACCAGACCAGAGACCUGCCUCAGAUGAUGGAUGAGACAGGUCGAAUCCUUUGCAACCUGUGCAAUGUGAUCCCUGGAGGUGUGGUGUGCUUCUUCCCCUCCUAUGAGUAUGAGAAGCAGGUGUAUGGACACUGGGAGAAGACAGGGCUGCUCUCCCGCCUGGCAGCCAGGAAAAAGAUCUUUCAGGAGCCUAAGAAAGCCAACCAGGUGGAGCAGGUGCUGGUGGAAUAUGCCAAAUGCAUAAAGCGCUGCAGCCAGGCAGGAGGACAGAUGACAGGGGCCCUGCUGCUUUCUGUAGUUGGAGGCAAAAUGAGUGAAGGGAUCAAUUUCUCUGAUGACUUGGGAAGGUGUGUGAUUAUGGUGGGAAUGCCUUACCCCAACAUUAAAUCUCCAGAACUCCAGGAAAAAAUGACCUGGCUUGAUAAAACAAUGCCCAGAGCUGGUGGCCAGGCACCGAGCAGAGUGCUGAUUGAAAACCUGUGCAUGAAGGCAGUAAACCAGUCAAUAGGCAGAGCCAUUCGCCACCAGAAGGACUUUGCAAGCAUCGUGCUCCUGGACCACAGGUACGCACGCCCUGCCAUCUUCAACAAACUGCCCCAGUGGAUCAGGGAGAGGACCCAGGUGAAACCUGCCUUUGGAUCAGCGUUUGCUGAGCUAAGAAAGUUCCAUCGAAGCAAGCUGGAUGCUUUGUGAUGUGGAGCAGAGAACAGAUGGUAUUCAUCAUUAUGACUUAAACCUCUGAAGACUAGGUAAAGUAACACAAGUUGCUGCUUUUCUGUACCAUGGACUUCGUAAAAUCUCUGCCUUCUGCCUCCUUUG